AUGGAGAGGGCGGCCCAGGGCGCAGAUGGCGGCGGGGGCAGCAACAGCAGCAGCCGCAGCAGCAGCCGCGCCACCUCGGCGGGCUCGUCGCCCUCCUGCUCCCUGGCGGGCCGAGGGGUCUCUGGCCGGUCGGCGGCGGCCGGGCUCGGAGGCGGGGGCAGCCGCAGCAGCCCUGGAUCGGUGGCCGCUAGCCCGUCCGGGGGAGGCGGCCGCAGGAGGGAGCCGGCGCUCGAGGGCGUGCUCAGCAAAUACACCAACCUCCUCCAGGGCUGGCAGAACAGGUACUUUGUACUGGAUUUUGAGGCUGGCAUCCUGCAGUAUUUUGUGAAUGAGCAAAGCAAACACCAGAAGCCUCGAGGAGCUCUGUCUUUAUCUGGAGCCAUAGUGUCCCUGAGCGAUGAAGCUCCCCACAUGCUGGUCGUGUACUCUGCUAACGGAGAGAUGUAUAAACUGAGAGCCGCUGAUGCAAAAGAGAAACAGUUUUGGGUGACUCAGCUCCGAGCUUGUGCCAAAUACCACAUGGAAACGAAUUCUAAGAGUACUCCAAGCUCCCGAAGCCGAAGUCUCACUUUGCUCCCCCAUGGAACACCCAAUUCUGCGUCACCCUGUAGCCAGAGACACCUCAGUGCGGGGGCCCCCGGUGUUGUCACAAUCACGCAUCACAAGUCGCCUGCAGCCGCCCGAAGAGCCAAGAGUCAGUAUCCCGGCCAGCUUCACGAAGUCAGAGAGAUGAUGAGCCAGGUAGAAGGGCAGCAGAAGAACCUUGUGCACGCCAUCGAGUCCCUGCCAGGUUCUGGCCCCCUCACUGCCUUGGAUCAGGACCUGCUGCUCCUGAAAGCUACCUCUGCUGCCACCCUCAGCUGCCUUGGGGAGUGCCUCAACCUGUUACAGCAGAGCGUGCACCAGGUGGGCCAGCCCGGCCACAAGCCAGGGGCCUCAGAAAACAUCCUGGGAUGGCAUGGGCCCAAGUCACAUUCCACAGAGCAGCUGAAAAAUGGGACACUUGGCUCUUUGCCAUCAGCCAGUGCCAACAUAACCUGGGCGAUUUUACCAAACUCCACUGAAGAUGAAGCGACCUUAACAGAGCCAGAGCCACACUCAGGCCCCGAAUUGGUUUUGUCUGAAGAUGAAAAAAGCGACCAUGAAGAUAAGGAGGAGACGGACUUGGGCGUCGUGGAGGAUCAGCGCAGUGUGAUUCUGCACCUCAUUUCACAGCUCAAGCUUGGGAUGGAUCUGACCAAGGUGGUGCUUCCCACGUUUAUUCUGGAGAAGCGGUCCUUGCUGGAGAUGUAUGCAGAUUUUAUGGCACACCCAGACCUGCUGCUGGCCAUCACUGCUGGGGCCACACCAGAGGAGAGAGUCAUUUGCUUUGUGGAGUAUUAUCUCACAGCCUUCCAUGAGGGCCGCAAGGGGGCCUUGGCCAAGAAGCCCUACAACCCCAUCAUCGGUGAGACGUUUCACUGCUCCUGGGAAGUUCCCAAGGACAGGGUCAAGCCAAAGAGGACGUCUCUCCCCUCUCCUGCCAGCUGUCAUGAGCACCUGAUGGCUGAUGACCUGUCUAAAAGCUACAAACUGAGGUUCGUGGCUGAGCAAGUGUCCCAUCACCCGCCCAUCUCCUGCUUCUACUGUGAGUGCAAGGAGAAGAGACUGUGCGUCAACACUCAUGUAUGGACCAAAAGCAAGUUCAUGGGCAUGUCCGUGGGGGUCUCUAUGAUAGGGGAAGGUGUGCUGAGGCUCCUGGAACAUGGGGAAGAGUAUGUAUUCACCCUGCCUAGUGCCUACGCGCGGUCCAUUCUCACAAUUCCAUGGGUGGAGCUCGGAGGGAAAGUGAGCAUCAACUGUGCCAAGACCGGGUACUCAGCGACCGUGAUAUUCCACACGAAACCUUUCUACGGAGGCAAAGUCCACAGGGUCACAGCAGAAGUGAAGCACAAUCCAACCAACACCAUUGUUUGUAAAGCCCACGGGGAAUGGAAUGGCACCUUAGAGUUCACCUAUAGCAAUGGAGAAACCAAAGUCAUCGACACGACUACGUUGCCAGUGUAUCCUAAGAAGAUCAGACCUCUCGAGAAGCAGGGGCCCAUGGAGUCCAGGAACCUCUGGCAGGAGGUGACUCGACACCUGCGGCUGGGGGAUAUCGACGCAGCCACUGAGCAGAAGCGGCACCUUGAGGAGAAGCAGCGGGUGGAGGAACGGAAGCGAGAGAACCUCCACAUGCCAUGGCAGCCCAAAUAUUUUAUCCAGGAGGGUGAUGGCUGGGUCUACUUCAAUCCCCUCUGGAAGGCACACUGAUGAGGUGGAGGUGCAGAGCUUUCGAAAAUAGCC